UCAAAAAAUGAAGACACAUACACUCACCAUCUUCCCCACCCCCAUCCCCCCUUUCCAAUGGAAACCAACAAAACACACUGCCACCACCCACCACCAACCCAAACCACCAAACCAGCAACAUCAACCAAUUUUUGAAGAGGAGCAAAGAUCGAGCUCCAGCACAAUUGUGGAGCUAAUUUUGGUGGCUCCCUCUACUGAUGGCUUGGAUGGGACAAUUAGGCCACCCAUAAAGAGAAACCUGGAGGAAAUGGCAAAAAGGCCAAGUUGGUUGUCUAAUGGCUGGAUGAUAGAUUUAAGGGUCCGUUCCUCUAGAGCCACCGCUGGAACCAUCGAUUGGAUUGUCAAAGAAGUGGUUGAAGAUUGACUAUUUUGGAAUACUUCGAUGUUUGAAUUUUCAACUACGGCAACCCCCAAGAAAGGAGUCUACAUAGAGAU